AUGGAGUACACGGCAGCAAGCAUGCUGGCCUCUAGUUUCAUCGAGUACAAACUUGAUUACCUCGAAACCCAGAAGCUUGCCAUCGGCGAGUGCUUGCCCGGAAUAAGAAUCUCGGCCGGGGAGCACAAUGCGACGAUUUUGUUAUUCCCGCGUGGAUGUGAGGGCCGUAAUGGUGAGUACAUCGCUGUCUUCCUGCUGCUUACUGAGAUCGACCCCAAGAUCAAUGUUAUCUUUGAGGUCUUCUUGAUGAACAAAGAUGGUAAACCAUCUUCACUCUGUGCAAAGAAUAGCUCUAUAGAUGUAAUUAGGGGAACAUCCUCCGGCUUCCGCUUCCUUGGAUGGCAUCGUUUCAUCGGAUGGCAUCGCUCCAUUGGAUGGCAUCGCUUCAUCACACGGAGCGAUCUCGAGUCGAUUUAUGUGAUCGACGGCAUGGCUACAUUCAUAUGUGGGCUCGUAAUUCUCGGCGACGGUGGUGCCAUAGCCGUGCCGCCCUCUAACCUGGGCGGCCAGCUCGGCGCCAUGGUGGGCAGCGCCGACGGCUCGGACGUGUCCUUCUCCGUCGGCGGUGAGACGUUCCACGCGCACCGGGCCGUGCUCGCCGCGCGCUCGCCGGUGUUCAGGGUGGAGCUCCUCGGCUCCACGGCGGAGGCCACCAUGCCGUGCGUCACGCUGCAUGACAUCGAGCCGACGACGUUCAGAGCUCUGCUGCACUUCGUGUACACGGACGUUCUGCAGAUCAUCGAGGGCUCAUCGUCGUCGACGACGGCGAGCACGAGCGAUCAUCUGCUUCAUCAUCAGCGUUUGCUCGCGGCGGCGGACAGGUACGCGCUGGACGGGCUGAAGCUGAUGUGCGCCCAGAAGCUGUGGGAGAGCGUGUCAGUGGAGACGGUGGCGACGACGCUGGGCUGCGCCGAGAUGCACGGCUGCCCGGAGCUGAAGAGCAAGUGCCUCGACUUCUUCAUGGCGGAGAGCAACUUCAAGAAGGUAGUGGUCACCGACGGCUACUUUCUUCUUAUACAGAAUUUUCCCUUAGUUAUCGAAGAGAUAAAAGAAGGAAAAAUUAGAGCUAUGCCAUUAUAA